CCCAGGGUUGGGUGCGCCACUGAGCGGAUGGCAGAGGGAGCGGAGUGGCUUCCCGAGGAACGCUGGCUGGCUGAGGAGGCCGUAGGCUUUCUUUGUGUGUCACCUGUUGCCACCUGUUAAUGUCAAGAUGACUAAGCUUGGAUUUUUGCGGUUGUCCUAUGAGAAGCAGGACACACUUCUGAAGCUUCUCAUUCUGUCCAUGGCUGCUGUGUUAUCUUUCUCCACUCGUCUUUUUGCUGUCCUGAGAUUUGAAAGUGUUAUCCAUGAGUUCGAUCCGUACUUCAAUUAUCGGACUACCCGGUUUUUAGCUGAGGAGGGAUUUUAUAAAUUCCACAACUGGUUUGAUGACCGGGCCUGGUAUCCUUUGGGCCGAAUCAUUGGAGGAACAAUUUAUCCAGGCUUAAUGAUCACUUCUGCUGCAAUCUACCAUGUUCUUCAUUUUUUCCACAUCACCAUCGACAUUCGGAAUGUCUGUGUGUUCCUGGCCCCUCUCUUCUCCUCUUUCACUACCAUCGUCACGUACCACCUUACCAAAGAGCUCAAGGACGCGGGGGCUGGGCUUCUUGCUGCUGCCAUGAUUGCUGUCGUUCCUGGCUAUAUCUCCCGAUCUGUGGCUGGCUCUUAUGAUAAUGAAGGGAUUGCCAUCUUUUGCAUGCUGCUCACCUACUACAUGUGGAUCAAGGCAGUGAAGACUGGUUCCAUCUACUGGGCAGCCAAGUGUGCCCUUGCUUAUUUCUACAUGGUCUCUUCCUGGGGAGGCUAUGUGUUCCUGAUCAACUUGAUCCCUCUCCACGUCCUGGUGCUGAUGCUCACAGGCCGUUUCUCCCACCGGAUCUACGUGGCCUACUGUACCGUUUACUGCCUGGGCACCAUUCUUUCCAUGCAGAUCUCCUUUGUGGGCUUCCAGCCUGUCCUUUCAUCAGAGCACAUGGCAGCCUUUGGAGUUUUCGGUCUCUGCCAGAUUCAUGCUUUUGUGGAUUACCUGCGCAGCAAGUUGAAUCCACAGCAGUUUGAAGUUCUUUUCCGGAGUGUCAUCUCCCUGGUUGGGUUUGUCCUCCUCACCAUUGGAGCACUCCUCAUGUUGACAGGAAAGAUAUCGCCAUGGACUGGGCGUUUCUACUCACUGCUGGAUCCUUCUUAUGCUAAGAACAACAUUCCCAUCAUAGCUUCUGUGUCUGAACAUCAGCCCACCACCUGGUCCUCCUACUAUUUUGAUCUGCAGCUGCUAGUGUUCAUGUUCCCAGUUGGCCUCUAUUACUGCUUUAGCAACUUGUCUGAUGCCCGGAUUUUUAUCAUCAUGUAUGGAGUGACCAGCAUGUACUUUUCAGCUGUAAUGGUCCGUCUAAUGCUAGUAUUGGCGCCUGUUAUGUGCAUUCUUUCUGGCAUUGGAGUCUCCCAGGUUCUGUCCACCUACAUGAAGAAUCUGGACAUAAGUCGUCCAGACAAGAAGAGCAAGAAACAGCAGGACUCUACCUACCCCAUCAAGAAUGAAGUGGCAAGUGGGAUGAUCCUGGUCAUGGCUUUCUUUCUCAUUACCUACACUUUUCACUCAACUUGGGUGACGAGCGAGGCCUACUCUUCUCCCUCCAUCGUGUUAUCCGCCCGGGGUGGGGAUGGCAGUAGGAUCAUUUUUGAUGACUUCCGAGAAGCGUAUUAUUGGCUUCGUCACAAUACUCCAGAGGACGCAAAGGUCAUGUCAUGGUGGGAUUAUGGCUAUCAAAUUACAGCUAUGGCAAAUCGGACAAUUUUAGUGGACAAUAACACAUGGAAUAAUACCCAUAUUUCUCGAGUCGGGCAGGCGAUGGCAUCCACAGAAGAAAAAGCCUAUGAGAUCAUGAGGGAGCUUGACGUCAGCUAUGUGUUGGUCAUCUUUGGAGGCCUCACUGGGUAUUCCUCUGAUGAUAUCAACAAAUUUCUUUGGAUGGUCCGGAUUGGAGGGAGCACAGACACAGGAAAACAUAUCAAGGAGAAUGACUAUUAUACUCCCACUGGGGAGUUCCGUGUGGACCGUGAGGGUUCUCCAGUGUUGCUCAACUGCCUCAUGUAUAAGAUGUGCUACUACCGCUUUGGGCAGGUCUACACAGAAGCCAAGCGUCCACCAGGCUUUGACCGUGUCCGAAAUGCUGAGAUUGGGAAUAAAGACUUUGAGCUUGAUGUCCUAGAGGAAGCAUACACUACAGAACACUGGUUGGUCAGGAUAUAUAAGGUAAAGGACCUGGAUAAUCGAGGCUUGUCAAGAACAUAAAUGCUGCAUUCAGCUCCGAUAUGCUUCGCACUGAGCGCGUCAUAUUUAGGACGUUGGAGAUUUUUUUUUUUUUAACUAUGAAGUUUAUAAGAACAGAGCCGGAUGGGAUUAAAAUUGUCUGGAAGUUUUGCCCUGGACUGUAUGGGCUGGGCCAAAUGGAAUGAUUUUUAUAAUUCUGAGCAGGUUACCAAAUGAAAUGUCAUGGCUUUACUUUGGUUAAUUAAAGGGGGGAAUUUUUAAAAAAUGUGCCUUAUUUGUUUUGACUUAUAGCUGAUUUGAGGAAAGUAAGUUUGUGCUGGACUGGUAGGACAAGAGCAGACCUUCUCUAGGCUCUUAGGUCUGUAAAUGGGCCAUAGAGGGCAUUCUUUCUCAUAUCAGGAAAAUUGUCAGGGUUUAGCUCUGAGUCUACAUAUAUAAACACUUUGUCAUACUUCUGUAUCAUAGCACCUAGUGAAUGCCUUGCACAUAGUGGGUGCUCAAUAAAUUUUUAUCUAAUGAA